CGGAUGAGAAGGGGCCGGAAGGGGGUGGCCGCCGGUCCGGCCCCGCCCCGGGGCCGCCUCCCCGCGGGUUCCGUUGGCUGUGGCGGCAGCUGAAGCUGUGGCGGCUGGGGCCGCUGGGCGGGAGUAAGAUGGCGACAGCGGCGGCGGGCGCCCUGGGCCUCUUGUGGGGCUGGCUGUGGAGCGAGCGCUUCUGGCUGCCCCAGAACGUGAGCUGGGCCGACUUCGAGGGACAGGGCGACGGCUACGGCUACCCGCGGGCCCGGGACAUCCUCUCGGUGUUCCCACUGGCGGCGGGAGUGUUCUCCGUGAGGCUGCUCUUCGAGCGGUUUAUUGCCAAACCCUGUGCACUCCAUGUUGGCAUACAGGACAGUGGUCCUUAUCAGGCACAACCUAAUGCUAUCCUUGAAAAAGUGUUCAUGUCUAUUACCAAGUAUCCUGAUGAGAAAAGGCUGGAGGGCCUGUCAAAGCAACUAGACUGGGAUGUCCGAAAAAUCCAAUGCUGGUUUCGCCAUCGGAGGAAUCAGGACAAGCCCCCAACGCUCACUAAAUUUUGUGAAAGCAUGUGGAGAUUCACUUUUUAUUUAUGUAUAUUCUGCUACGGAAUUAGAUUUCUCUGGUCGUCACCUUGGUUCUGGGACACCCGACAGUGCUGGCACAGUUACCCUUAUCAGCCUCUCACAAGUGGACUUUAUUACUAUUAUAUCAUGGAAUUGGCUUUCUAUUGGUCUCUUAUGUUUUCUCAGUUUACAGACAUUAAAAGAAAGGACUUUCUGAUCAUGUUUGUGCAUCACCUGGCCACCAUUGGGCUUAUUACCUUCUCCUACAUCAACAACAUGGUUCGAGUGGGAACGCUGGUCUUGUGCCUACAUGAUGUCUCAGACUUCUUGCUGGAGGCAGCCAAGCUAGCCAAUUAUGCCAAGUACCAGCGUCUCUGUGACACCCUUUUUGUGAUCUUCAGUGCUGUUUUUGUGGUGACUCGCCUAGGAAUCUAUCCAUUCUGGAUCCUGAACACGACCCUCUUUGAGAGUUGGGAGAUGAUCGGGCCCUAUCCCUCCUGGUGGCUUUUCAAUGGCCUUCUCCUGGUCCUACAGGUUCUGCAUGUCAUCUGGUCCUACCUAAUUGCACGAAUUGCUUUCAAAGCCUUGAUCCGAGGAAAGGUGCUUAAGGAUGAUCGCAGUGAUGUGGAGAGCAGCUCAGAGGAAGAAGAUAUAACCACCAACUCAAAAGGUCCCUGUGGCCGCAGCUCCAGCAAUGGUGCCAAUCGGGUGAAUGGUCACAUGGGAGGCAGCUACUGGGCUGAAGAGUAAGGUGGUUGGUAUGGGGACUUCAGCAUAGACGGACUUGUAGGGCCACUGGCAACCUACUCCUCUUGGGCCUCCCCACGUCUACAUUCCUGGGACUAGGGGGUGUGCAGGGCACUGAGGAGAAUCAAAGAAGCAAAUAUUUUCACUUAAAAAAAAAACUCUGCCAUUUCGUAUUUAAUAGCCUCCAGGUUCUUUCAGUAAUGUUAUUUGCUCCGUGUGUGCGCGUGCAUGUGUGUGUGUGCGCGCCUGUGCAUGUGCAUUUGUGCAUAUGCGUGAGUCUCGUUGCCUAGGUUGGGGCACAUUUCUGGACUAGGGCCAUUAGGCCUUGCCUGGUCUCCUCUGAACCCACCUCAGUCCCAGAUUUGGCUGCAUCUUGAAUUAUGCUGUUUCCAGAGUGUCCCCUCCCUGGUUGCCCAUGGCUCUUGAGCCCUGACCAUCUGAAUGGAGCAGCUGAAUUUAGCUCCACGUUUCUGCACUGUUUCUUCUUUGGAGCUGGAAUAUUUCGCAUGAAGUUGUAUGCAAACAGACAACCAUGAAAUGGGUGGCCAGAGAUUGCUGCGGCCCCUAGCUAGAUCCCCUUCCUGCCACCUGGUAGUGACAGGGACAGCUGCUGAUACCCUGCUCUUUAUUCAAUGGUACGCAGGAAGUGGGGGUGGGUGGGAGGAGCGGGUGAGCUGAGGGCUGGAGGACAACAGCCACUGGGUGAGCUGUUAAC